CACAGCUUUCCUUCUUCCUCUGCACUCUCACAUGCGAUCAAGUACCUCUCGGCUGCAGGGUUUGGUGCAAAUUUGCUUGCAGUUUUUGGAAAUGGAAUGGUGCAGUCGUUUAUAAAUGCACGUACACUUGUCCCAUUAGACAUGAGAAAUCCAAAGCUGGCCGCCAAAAUUGCGAGGGAACUACGCAGAUUCCAUCAGGUGGAAAUUCCAGGUUCUAAGGAACCUCAGCUGUGGAUUGACAUGUUCAAGUUCUACGAGAAAGCCUCUUCUCUUGAAUUUGAUGACAGCGAGAAGCAGAAAAUCUACAAAACUAUUUCAUUUAGUGAAGUUUACAAUGAAAUCGUUGAGCUCAAGGAAUUGACUAGCCAUUUUAAUGCUCCGGUGGUUUUUUCUCACAAUGACUUGCUUUCUGGAAAUAUAAUGGCUAAUGACGAAGAAGAGAAACUCUACUUCAUUGAUUUCGAGUAUGGAUCAUACAAUUACAGAGGCUUUGACAUCGGGAAUCACUUUAAUGAAUAUGCAGGCUAUGAAUGUGACUACAGCUUAUACCCAACCAAGGAAGAACAAUACCAUUUCUUCAGGCAUUAUUUGGGACCUGACAAACCACAGGAGGUAUCAGACAAAGAUCUGGAAGCUCUCUAUGUUGAGGCAAAUACAUAUAUGUUAGCUUCGCACUUGUACUGGGCUUUAUGGGGAAUAGUCCACGCGAAGUUUUCUCCAAUUAAGUUUGAUUAUCUCGGUUACUUCUUCCUGCGAUACAAUGAAUACAAAAAGCAGAAGGAAAAGUGCUUAUCGUUGGCAAGAUCAUUCCUGUCACGAUCUGAGGCAGGGUAAACACGUAUCCGCAUGAGCACCUGCCUGAAUGUUAUGAAUCUGUAGGGAGUGCCAUUCUUUUUACUCUGUUGUUACCAUUAGGUCUGUUGUAAAAUAUUCUUUUGUAGCAAUGAAAAUGAGAAAAGACAUGAGCAAAUAACUUGCAUUAGGGGCUGAUCGAAGCAUGAUGCAAAGAACCUGUGUAUUUGAUCUAUGUAAUAUUUCUGUGCUCUCAUUCAUGUCA